AUGACAAGCAAUCCGACUUUCGGCGCCAAGACCAGCGCUUUCCAUGUUGCUGAGCUUUUUUCAUCCAGGAUCAAAGGGAAGAUAGCCUUAGUUACGGGCGCAUCAGUGGAUACUCUGGGUGAGCAGACGGCCCGCGCGUUUGCUCAUGGCGGUGCAUCCACCGUUAUAAUCACUGGUCGCGACGGAGAACGUCUCUCGGCCCUACAAAAGAGCCUUGCGUCUGAAUACCCAUCAACUGGGUUCCGCUCUCUGGAUAUGGACUUGGCGUCUUUUAAAUCCAUUCGCCGUGCCGCAAAGGAGAUCCUCGACGAUGACUCAAUCCCUCGCAUUGAUUUUCUCAUAGCCAAUGCUGCGAUGGCUCUUGUAAAAGAGCACACCUUCACUGAAGACGGCCUCGAACUAUCAUUCGGUGUGAACCACAUUGGGCAUUUUCUCUUGAUUGUAGAAUUAUUUCCAAAGAUUCGGAAAGCGGCCCAAGCCAGUACUGCCGGUGAAACGCGUAUCAUUAUCCUCACUAGUGGAGCCAUGUUUGUUAGCCCAGUUCGAUUCAGCGACUAUAACUUCGAACGAAAACCUCUUCCCGAAGAUGAACAGCCAAACUGGGAACUCGCCAAGCAAACGGGGGCCACACCGACGGACGGCUAUCACAUGUGGAUUUCCUAUGGAGCAAGCAAAUCAGCUAAUACACUGCUCGCGCUUCAUCUCAAUAAGCUCCUGAGCAAGCGCUAUGGCAUUCAGUCGUAUGCUGUCCAUCCUGGCACCGUGGGAACCAGGGGAGUGAAAGCCCUUCCAUUCGACGCUGAGCAGGUAAAAGCGCUGGGUUUCAUGAAGACUAUCGACCAAGGAACUUCUACGACGAUGGUGGCGGCACUGGAUCCAAAGCUCAGCCCCGAGACUGCAUUAUUCUUGCAGGAUUGUCUCGUUUCAACUCCCCCAGCUUGGGCAGCAGAUGAGAGCAAAGCAGCGAGGCUUUGGCAGUUAUCUGAAGAGAUUAUCGGGCAAAAGUUGGAGCUCAGUUAA